AUGGCAUCGCAGGAGUCUCUAGAGGCAGCCGUGGACAUACUUCACAACAUGCAGCGCAUCAGGAAGAAUGUCAAGGCUGUCGUCAUGCACUUGGAGGGCGUGUCUGCGCCAGCACAAUUCCACAGCUAUGCACUUGCAAGUGGCACCUUCCUAGUGGGACUGCGGGCUAUCAGUGUGCCAAUUAUUUUGGCAGCUUGGGGGAGGAUUUCAGGACCAUCUUGGAACCUGGCCUUGGCUUGCGACUACCGUAUUGCUGCUUUGGACGCAGAUUUCGUGCUGCCCAUUAUUUCCCCACCCGAAUGCCUUGGAGAGUUGGUGGGGCAAGCUGUGGCAGCUCAGCUGUCCAUCAGCAGCGGCACUCUCGACUCACAGGGCUUGCAGGAGCUCGGCAUUCUGAACCAGGUGAGGCCUAGCAAAGACGAGACAUGCCGUGCGGCCACUGAGCUCGGCAAGAGAAUUGCUGGAUUCCCAGGUAUUGCUUGCCGCCAGACCAUGAGUCUUCUGAGCGUGCCGCCUGUACGAUACAUUUCUGUCGGAGCUAGCAAACUGCCUGACCCGGACCUGUUCGCAUAG